UCCAACCAACAGUCACUUUUCGUUCGCCACUUCAGUAGAAAGCAGAAAAACAUCCGCAAUGGCAUUCAACAUUGGUCACCUCCUCAUCGUCAGCGUUUUGGCAUUGUCCGCUGUGUCCUCCGAGACCAUCCAGCUGCAGCCCACACAGGGUAUCCUUAUCCCUGCUCCGCUGGCCGAGAACAUCCGUGUGUCGCGUGCAGCCUAUGGAGGAUACGGAGCUCCAGCUGCCCCUGCCGCCGCCUCGUAUGCCGCCCCCGCCGCUCCAGCUGCCCCCGCCUACUCGGCUCCCGCUGCCGCUUCUUACUCCGCUCCCGCUGCCCCAGCCUAUGCCGUUCCCGCUCCAACUCCAGCCUACGCAGCCCCCGCUCCAGUCGCGCCUGCCUACUCGGCACCGGCCUCCAUUCCGUCACCACCAUGCCCUAAGAACUACCUGUUCAGCUGCCAGCCCUCCUUGCAGCCCGUGCCCUGCUCCGCCCCAGCUGCGUCUUCUUACGGAUCAGCUGGCGCCUACUCGCAGUACGUGCCCCAGUACGCCGUACCCUUCGUCCGGGAACUGUAAGGCGCCAACGGAAUCCAACUAGACACUUGACCCCAAAAAUAAAGUACAGCGUUUAUGAAAAAA